AUGUUGGUUAAUCAGACACACAGGCUUGGAUUGACUCGCAGGAAGGACCUUCAAGAGGUCCAGCUAGCUCGGACCAGGAGUGAGUGGACCUUUAUAAAUUGGUUGCCUUCGGGUAGGUCAGCAUGCUUGAUAGGUGCCCCACGAGUUCUAGAGGUACCUGGACGAUGCGGAGCGAGUGAGGCGGAUCAGGUUGAUCACCCGAAUCCUGCAAGAGAGGGCGACUCGUGUCGACCUUGUGUCACCGAGACCUGCAAGAGCAUGUCACCAAUGGUGAUGCGAGGGAAUUAA